AUGCGAACUGUCCUGUUCAGCGGCCCAUUCAUCCCUGAAAUUAACGUCGGGUACAACGUGCAGGCGAACGGGGUCAGCAUUAACUUCUUAAAAGACCCCUUUUGCUUCAGGGACAAGACGAUGGAAAUCGUGAAUUCUAAGCGGAGUGAAAGGGGUCCCAGUGAAGGGGCACUUCCAAAUGGCGAAAAUGAAGAAGCGGUGAACCCUGUGAUAACCGUGGAAGCGACAGAAUUGCAGGGAUACGUUUAUGAAGGUGGCCGAACGAUUGGGGAAGCCGCGCCAUAUGAGGAUGGCUUGGCAUAUGAGAAUGACUUAGCACAUGAGGAUGACUUAGCAUAUGAGGAUGGCUUAACAUAUGAAAACGGCUUAACAUAUGCAGGUGGCUUACCACGCAACAGCGCACGCUUCCCGCAUGACGAAUCUGCGAACAAACCCGGGGAAGUGAAGAAUGCCCCUCUCCAUGACGACAAAAUGAAGUAUACUCUGAAAAGCGCAGAAAGGGAAAGGCUCUUCGAAAUGCCGAAGCUUGAUAUAAAAAAAAAAUACACAGUCCAGACGAAUUAAUACACCUCCAUAGAUAUAGCAGUUAAAAAAUUAAACUACGUUUGUGUGGGGAGUGUCCCCUUAGAUUGAAAACAUGGCCUUGUCUACAAGCAAACAAAGUGACCAAUUGUCUGAUGCGCACAGGUACACACGAGAAUGUGUGUGCACAGCGGCGCUUAAAAGGAAUGGGCGCACAUUUGGGGGAGAAGGCAUUUGCAAGUGUGCACCUGUGCGUGUAAUACGCUUAUAGGCAAAUUAGCACCUGCGUAUGGGGAGGGGUAUACCUCGGCGUUUAAAAAAUGGCACAACAAAUUUUAAUGCAUGCGGUUAAUGCCCUUUUUUUUAGGAG